UGCUUAAGCCCAAAACCCAAUUUUGGGGACCCCCCUCUCUCUAGCCCCUUCUCACUCUGCCUGCCAUGGCGACUCGCGUUGCGAGAACGAUCGCAUCGGCCGCAUCAACAUCAACACCGUUGAUUUGGAAAUUAACGGCAAGUGAAGCCUCGUCUCUCGUCGUGAUCGUGGGCCAUGGCAGGCCCAAACCUAGGUGGGCCUCAUCAUCGUCGUCGUCGUCGUCGUCUUCGUCCUCUACCUCUCCAAAGCCCGACAACAAGAAGAUCAACGACCGUCUCUCCACCGUUAUAGACGCUGUCAACGACCGUAAACUCCCUCCAGAACUCCGUGGCCAACGCAACGCCGUUAGGUCAGAAACUGAUAUUGUCAAUGUUGUUGAGCGAAGGAUAUGGCAUUCCAUGGAAGAGGGUCAAUUUGAGAACUUAUCAGGGAAGGGGAAACCCCUAAACCUGAGUAGUAAUCCUCAUGCAGACCCAGCUGAAGACACAUUGUACAGAAUUCUGUCGAAGAAUGGAUGUGCACCAGAGUGGGUUGAACUCAACAAAGAAAUACGAAAUAGAAUUGCUGAAUGGAGGUUAGCCCUGAAGAAAGCAGGGGCACAUAAAGCCGAUGGAAAUGAUUCUAAAUGGAUCGAGUGUUCGGAGGCUCUGAAGGUGCAAUUGCGUGACAUCAAUGACAAGGUAUUUAGGUACAACAUCAUUGUUCCUUUUGGCCGCCAGAUGUCUGGACUAAAGUGGGAGAAAGAAGUGGAUCGCUUAGAAGAAUGAGAGAAUUAGAAGAAUGUUUGUAUAAUAUAUGGAUCUCUUAAUACUUAUCAAAAAUAUAUAUAUGGAUCUCUUAAUGAAGAGAAUUACUCUAGUUGAAAUUUUCUUUCCCGCUCUUGAGCAAGAAAGGAAUUGUUAUCAUAUAUGUACGUCUUGUAUGUCUUUUGUCUACUAGAUAUUCUCUAUUGGAAUAGAGCUGCAUGCUGCAAACAGUAUUUAACAAUAACAAAUUUGUUGCCCCCCACCCCAUUUUUUGCUUGUUGAA